GCGCCAGCGCUCCGCUCAUCCGGGGAUCUGCCAUUGAGACUGUUGGUAAGGAGGCGGGAAAUGGCGUCUGAAGGAGCAACGCCAGAACGGACGGACGAUCUCUGAACGGAGCUAGCCAAAGACAGCGUAAGGCAGCGGCCGCUCCCCAGCCCCGCUUCGUCACCAUCACUGCGGCCACCAGCGGCCGUGCAAGGGAAGCCACCUCGGAGGGAAGACACUGCGGCUCCUGGCGAACGGUGUCACAUGUAAGACUAUGAGGCUGAGAAUACGCAAGCCUCCUCAGCAGGUGGGCCUCACCCAUGCGCCGCAGCCGUCCCAGCCCCCCCGGGCCAAGCGGAGACACUCAGAGGUGGAAGCGUGCACGGAAGCUGUGGGGCGGCGAGAGAGCGACGACGCAGGGCUCUUCUCCUCCAUCAGGAAGUUCAUUAGAGGCACUGCAGUCAAGGUAGUGCAGGAGAACCCUCCAAAGAGGAGCCGAAUCGACUGCAGUGUGGAUGACGGUCUGAUUACGUCCACACCGCAAUCGCAGGGCCUUUCCAGCAAAGCCGUACGCAGAGCCCGCAGGAGGAACCCUCUCAACGGCGCAGAUGCCAAGGACCAUUACGCGGGCAAGCCCAAUGGGAAGCUGGAGGCGCGGGCGGAGGUGGCUGGUAGCCCCCCCCGCACCACCCUGCUGGGGACCAUCUUCUCCCCAGUUUUCAACUACUUCUCACCAGCAAGCAAGAAUGGAACAUCGGGUUCCGAUUCACCUGGUCAGGCAGUGGAAGCGGAGGAGAUCGUGAAGCAGCUGGACAUGGAGCAGGUGGAGGAGACACCUACCAGCACAGCCACAUCCACAGAGAGAGCCUGCAUCCCGUUCUACCCCAGCAGCCAGCCGCCCAGCUCCGAGUCCCCCACUGCGGACGGGCAGAUCGUCACAGAUGCUGAUCUGCCGCCUCUCACAGCCCCAGGUGCUACUCUAGACUCCAGCUACUCUGCGGUCCUUCCCACCAUGCCAGCAGAGGGCGCCUACGAGGAAGACUGGGAGGUUUUUGACCCGUAUUUCUUUAUCAAACACGUACCCCCGCUGACGGAGGAGCAGAUGACCCGCAAGCCGGCACUCCCGCUGAAAACCCGCAGCACGCCGGAGUUCUCCCUCGUCCUGGACCUGGACGAAACACUGGUUCAUUGCAGUUUGAAUGAGCUUGAAGAUGCAGCACUUACAUUUCCUGUUCUCUUUCAAGAUGUCAUAUAUCAGGUCUAUGUUCGAUUGAGGCCGUUCUUUCGAGAGUUCCUUGAGCGCAUGUCUCAGAUUUAUGAGAUCAUCCUUUUUACUGCCUCCAAGAAAGUUUAUGCAGAUAAACUGCUCAAUAUCCUGGAUCCCAAAAAACAGCUUGUCAGGCACAGGUUAUUUCGUGAACAUUGUGUGUGUGUACAAGGGAACUACAUAAAGGAUCUGAAUAUUCUUGGGAGAGAUCUGUCGAAGACCAUCAUAAUUGACAAUUCACCACAAGCCUUCGCUUAUCAGCUCUCCAACGGGAUACCCAUCGAAAGCUGGUUUAUGGAUAAGAACGACAACGAACUUCUGAAGCUGGUUCCUUUCUUGGAAAAUCUGGUGGAACUGAAUGAGGACGUGCGGCCCCACGUACGCGAGCGGUUUCGCUUGCAUGACCUGCUGCCUCCAGACUGAGCUCUGAACCAAGGAAACUAUGGAAACGACCAAACAUCUCCAUACCCAGACUCUACUGCUCCUCGGAUUACAACAUUCAGCAUCCCCAUUACUGUUGACAUUUUUAGGUUUUUUUUUUUUCCUUUUAAAGCCCCUCAUUGCUUUUAAAAUGGUUAUUGUAAAAAUAAAUUUAAAGUUUUUGAAGUGACAUCUAUGGUAAAGUUUAAGUAUACAUACAGUACAGAUAUACAUAUAUACAUACCUAUUUUAUAUAUAAUAUAUAUUCUCACACACAUUCUAUAUGCAGGCAAGGAGGGUCCUUCAUCUUUAGAGUGGUUGUUCUCACCUGGUGGCUGCUGGGGUUUGAGCGGAGCAGCACCCAGAUGCUGCUCUGGCCCCCACAUGGAGGAAACGUGACAUGCUGCACAGGAGAUGAACUGCACCCGCUGACUGGUGCCCCCACCCUGGGACCAUCACUGUUUGCCUCGCGGACUCCUUUUAGCUCCGUCGGCCAGUAAAGCAAGAUGUGCAUCCUUUGGUCUGAGGGUCACCAGGACAAAGGCCUUCAUGAAGCAUUUCCCUCGGUGUUGUGUGUCUGUCGGUCUCUCCACCCCCCCUCUGUGCAUCUGCCCUUGCUUGGGGGGGGGGGCUCCCCCGGCUUAAUGCAUGCAUCUGUCAUGGUUUUUGUUCAUUUCGCUUUUCUUGGGGCUCCUCCUCCUUGUUCCUGCACAUUUUGUGCCCCUUUUUAUUUUGACCUGUUUUUGCCCCCCCCCCCCC